GCGGCGCACGUGGGGGGCGGCGCGGCGGUCCGGCGGGCGCAUGGCGAGUUCCGCGGGGCUGGCGCUGUGCGGGCAGGCGCUGGUGGUGCGCGGCGGCAGCCGGUUCCUCGCCACCUCCACUGCGAGCAGUGAUGAUGACGUCCUCUUCACAUAUGAUUGCAGCACAGCAGAAAAGCCACAGGAGAAUAAAGGGGAGGACGGGCAGCCCGUGGAUAAGGGGAGUGACACGAUUCUGGCGUCCACCUUCUCCAAGUCUGGCAGCUAUUUUGCUUUAACUGAUGACAGUAAGCGUCUGAUUCUUUUCCGUACAAAACCAUGGCAAUGUCUGAGUGUCAGGACCGUGGUGAGGAGGUGCACGGCCCUGACCUUCACGGCCUCGGAGGAGAAGCUUUUGGUGGCCGACAAGUCUGGGGACGUUUAUUCCUUUCCUGUGUUGGAGCCACAGAGAUGCGGUCAGCUUGAGCUUGGGCACCUGUCAAUGUUGUUGGACGUGGCUGUGAGUCCCGAUGACCGCUACGUCCUCACUGCCGACCGGGAUGAGAAGAUCCGGGUCAGCUGGGCUGCGGCACCGCACAGCAUCGAGUCCUUCUGCCUUGGGCACACAGAGUUUGUGAGCCGCAUCUUCGUGGUGCCCGACCACCCCGAGCUGCUGCUGUCCUCCUCUGGGGACUGCACGCUGAGGCUCUGGGAGUACCGCGGGGGCCGAGAGCUGCACUGCUGCCACCUGACCAGCCUGCGGGAGCCAGCGGAGCCGUGCGGUGACAAGAGGUUUGCUGCAUCCAGGAUCGCUUACUGGAGCCAGGAGAGCUGUGUGGCGCUGCUGUGUGACUGUAUUCCUGUGGUCUACAUCUUCCAGCUCGAUGCCUCUAGACAGCAGCUGGUUUACAAACAGCAGCUGGAUUUUCAGCACAGAGUGUGGGACAUUGCUUUCGAGGAGAGCCAGGGACUGUGGGUCCUGCAAGACUACCGGGAAGCCCCCCUUGUGCUAUGCAGGCCUGUGGGGGGCCAGUGGCAGGCUGUUCCUGAAAAUGCCGCUUUAAAGAAGGUCUCUGCCCAUGUUCAGGAGAAUUGGGCCAUGUUGGAAGGCAUGGCUGGCGUGGAUGUUGGCUUCAGUGGUCUCUACAAGGCCACCUUUGACAACGUGACCGCCUACCUGAGGAAGAAGGAGGAGAGGCUGCAGAAGCGGCGACAGAACCCGCCCCCUGGGCCUAACGGGCAGGCCAAGAAGAUGAAGCCGGGGGAGGCAUCCGUGAGGUCCUAGCCACACCAGCUGCGCCCUCUCCCUGCUGGCGGCUCCCUUGAAGAAGCAAAAAGGGGGAUGUCGUUCCCAACCCACGCUUGGUGGCAGUCAGGUCCGCACCAGCUCAGCGCACACUGGGCCGUCCCAGAGAACGGGUUGGUGUCCUGGGCUCUAGAACUUCUGCCGCUGAGCAGAGGCUCCUCUGCCUGGCACCUUGGGCACCCCCUGGCUGAAGGGAAGCUGUGCCACGUGUGACUCAAAUAGAGAUACUACAAGUGAGUAGUGCAAGUGCCUCGAAGCACUUUUUCUUCAUAUUGGAGGAAAUUGGAACCUGCAGCACGGUGGCUGUGGGUUUUGCACUGUUCCCCUAACGCUGGAUGCGUUUUCCUCCCCGGGGAGACCCACACACCAAACGUGUUUAUGGCAGUGCAAUAGACCCGUUUUGUCCCCACGUCUCCCUCUACGUGGUGUACUGCACCGUCCAGCAUGGGGGCCCACUGGCCACGUGGGUGCUGCUCAGGGCUGGGUCCCUGCAUGGCGAGCCAUGUCCAUUCAGGAAAUGCAGCUGCCGCCACCGCGAUGCAGCCUUAGUGGGGAUGUAGGGCGCAGACCGGGCAGAUUUCGGGGUAUAUGAGGACCCAGGAGCCCCGGCUGGAACUGAGUUCUCCAGGGAGAUGGUUGAGGACGUCAUGUAUGUUUGCAAUUUCCACGUGAGCUCUGUGCACACGAGGCAGAGACUGGGGCUGUCGGCUGAAUUCUAAUCACUGAUCAAUAAAGAUGAGCUUUUUGCAGCUUCGGGAAAUGUGUAGCGGCAACAUUUGGAACUGAUUCAGAAUAUAUGGAGCAAAACCAUUUUUGACGAGUGUACUGUUUAUGACGGAAAUGUUGACUUUCUGGGAUGAAAGAGUUUUUUGGUGGUUGGGCUUUAUAGAUGUGUCUGCUGAUUUAUUUAUCCAUGCUUUUACCCGCUCUCCAGUGAUCGGUCUCAAACAUGGGAAAACCCGUGUAUGUCCGUGAUGAAUUCGGAGCGGGCUUUCUUGGGGUAUGUACAACAGAUUAUUUUGUGUGUCAGGAGCUGGAAAGCUCCAGCUUUUCCCUGAGUGCCUUGUUUUAUUUUACACACUGAUCUGAAAGUACUGCUGUGUGUGGACUGCUCGGGGUCCCUCCCCACUUGGGGACUGCUGGGUAGAGCUCCAGGAGCAGAGGGGGUGUGCCUGGGACAGGAUGGGGGUGCUGGGGUCUGCCUCUAGGGACCUCGUUAGCUGUGUUCUCAUUGACAACCUGCUUUGAAAUUCUUGGUUUAGGAGAAAUUUAGGUUUGGCCUUUCCAGUGUCUUGUGAAGUGGUCUGCAGGCCAAGUCCUGUCGCUGCUUGAUUUUAUAUGGCCUGUGAGCUAGGAAUGGCUUCUACGUUUUUAAAUGGUUGAAAACAAAUCAAAAGAUAUUAUUUCAUGUCGUAUUAAAAUAUACGUGGUUCAAAUUCCAGCAUCCUUAAAUAAAAUUUUACUGGGACACAGCUGUGCCUGUUGGUUUAGGUACGGUUUCCGUCUGUGCUCCAGCAGCAGACUGGGCCAGUUGCCACAGAGACCAAAUGGCCAGCAGAGUCCAAAGUAUUUACGACCCA